UUGUAUUUUUAAAAGCUUUAACUGCUUUUCUUCUGCUGUAAUGAUAUCACAGAGAGAAGAAAGAGAAGAGAAGAGAGUGAUGGGAGAUAAGAAAUUGAUUUCGUUUUCUUCUUCUUCUUCCUCGAUUUACGAUACUCGUAAUCAUCAUCAUCAUCCACCUCCUCCACCACCGUCUUCUUCUUCCGACGAAAUCUCUCUGUUUCUCCGGCAUAUUUUCGACCGUUCUUCUCCUAAUUUACCUUCUUACUAUUCUCCGGCGACUACGACUACGACGAUGAUCGGAGUUCACGGUGACCCGCAUGCAGAUAACUCGAGAUGUUUCGUUUCUGAUGCUGCUGCUGCGCUCAUGUCGUCGAAGCGCGUCGGUGAUUUCUCUGAGGUUUUAGUCGGUGGAAGCUCAGCCGUUGGAUCAGCCUCUACCGCCGCGUGUUUCGGUUUCAAUAACAACAACAACGUUCAAGGAAACAGCUCUGGGACUAGAGUAUCGUCUUCUUCUGUUGGAGCUAGUGGGAAUGAGACAGAUGAGUAUGACUGCGAAAGCGAGCAGGAAGGAGGAGAAGCUGUGGUUGAUGAAGCUCCUUCCUCCAAGUCAGGAGGUGGUCCUCCUUCUCGUAGUUCAUCUAAGAGAUGCAGAGCUGCUGAAGUUCAUAAUCUUUCUGAGAAGAGGAGGAGAAGUAGAAUCAAUGAAAAAAUGAAAGCUUUACAGAGUCUCAUCCCUAAUUCAAAUAAGACGGAUAAGGCUUCAAUGCUUGAUGAAGCUAUAGAGUAUCUGAAACAGCUUCAGCUUCAAGUUCAGAUGUUGACAGUGAGAAAUGGAAUAAACUUGCAUCCUUUGUGCUUACCUGGAACUACAUUACACCCAUUGCAACUCUCUCAGAUUCGACCCCAAGAAGCGACCAAUGAUCCUCUGCUUAGUCACACCAAUCAGUUUGCUUCGACCUCUAAUGCACCGGAAAUGAUCAAUACCGUGGCUUCUUCAUACGCUUUGGAACCUUCCAUUCGUAGUCACUUUGGACCUUUCCCUCUCCUUACUCCAUCUGUGGAGAUGAAUCGAGAAGGUGGGUUAACUCAUCAAAGGUUGAACAUUGGUCAUUCCAACACAAACUUAACGGGGGAACAAGCUGUGUUUGAUGGACAACAACCUGACUUAAAAGAUCGACUUACCUGAACAGAAUCUCAUCUUUGCUUCUAUAUGUUCUUGUUUCUUAGAACGCAAGAAAACAAAGCUGCCCCCCUGCCUGACAAUGAAUAUGCAUUUAACGGUCUUUAUUUUUAUUUUUUGUAAGGUUCUAUUAUAAUUUACAAAUUGUUGUUGACACAAACUCUAGAGUAUUAGUCUUUGGAUCUAAUAGCUAUAUAUUAAAAAAAAAAAAAGAAUUGAACUUUUUAAUACAAAGUUGUUAGGUUUAUAAAUAUGUUGUAAGGUCAGAUGUAAAUUAUCUAAACCAUCUUCGCAUUGUAUUGAAGACUUGGCUUUGUUAAUUGAAGACUUUUAAGUCUUUAACUA